CCCUUAUUUGUUAGUUGAACUCUUCAACCGAGAAAGCAAUAAAAGCAAAAAGAAAAAAAAUCAAGUUAUUUCCAAUAAUAAUACCUCAAUAUUUCUCUAUAUUUACAAUCAUAGCCCUAUAAUUAUACUGAAAGGAUGUGGACAAGAUUUACUGACAAGCAUACCUUAUGAAAAAAGAAAAAUUUAAAAAGAAAAAACUGAAAAAAGAAACAAAAUAAAAAUUAAAGAACCCUAAAAAUCGACCUCCCCUCAUUUUUUCCCACUAAACAAACAAACAAACAAACUUGUUCUUCGAUUCUUUUCCUUUGUCUGAAAAAAAGAAAACAGUAAAAUCAUUUUCUUUGAGAAGGUUGGGUUUUUGGUCAGAAAUGGAAGCUUUAGACACGGCGGCUUGUUUUAACAAGUUACUGAACUUUGGCUCCGACGUCGGAGAAGAAGCUGAAGAUGAAGAAACCAAAAAGAAGUUGUCAAAUCUUAAUUCUUCUUCUUCUCUUAACCCUAAGCGUUCUUUUCCUGAAGUUGCAGAGGAAGAAGUAGAAUGGUUAUCAAACAAGGAUGCAUGUCCAGCUGUGGAAGCAUCUACGGGUGAUAUUUUAGGGACUGCGGCAAAGCAACAGAGCCCGGUGCCAGUACUGGAUAACAGCAAAAACAGCAGCAACAGUUCGGGCAGCACAGCCUUAACCAACGGAAACAAUGUAAUUUAUUGUUGUGGGAACGUUAAAGUGCCUGUAAAAGCGCGGUCCAAGCGUCUCCGUAAAUGUAGGGACUUGAGGGACCGGGAGAACAGCUGGAGGGUUCAGUGGAAUGUGAAGAAUGCGAAUGCUGUUGCGAAGGGGGCUGGUUCGAGGACCUUAGGAAGGAAAUGCCAGCAUUGUGGGGCAGAAAAGACACCGCAAUGGAGGGCAGGCCCACUUGGGCCUAAUACGCUUUGCAAUGCUUGUGGUGUGAGGUAUAGGUCCGGGCGUUUGGUACCUGAGUAUCGUCCAGCAAGAAGCCCUACUUUUUCGACUGAGUUGCACUCAAAUUCUCACAUUAAGAUAUUGGAGAGGAGGAGGCAGAAGCAGUUUGAAUUUACUGAAAUGAAGCCUACGGAUAAAGGGUAGUGUUCUGGUGAGAUGAGCACUGCCUUUCUCUCUUUUUUUUUUUUUUUUUUUUGCUUAAUCUUUAAGUUAGUGUAGUUACUAUUUUUAUUUUUGUUUUUGAUGGAGUUGAGAAUCCAUUAGGGAAACUUUGACUCUAUCGUGUUUUGGUUGGUUGGUUGGGUUAUCCUAAUACUAGAAAAAAGGAAGUGUCUAAUUGGAUUUUGUCCAAUUCUUGAAUCAUUUUGGUUUGGUUUUGGUCAAAAUGUGGAUUGCAAGAAUGAGGGUCUUGGUUGAUUUCUGUAUUUGGGUUGCAAUGUGCUCAUGUUUGAUUAUUUUUAGCUAACUUAUUUGUUAUGAGUAGUAGGAGAUCUGCUAUUGGUUGGCCCUAGCUUCCAAGGCUGUAAUACUUUAUUUUCAUGAAUGUAUCAAAUAUGCUAAAAACAUUGAACUGUACUCUGGUGUAUAUUGUGGCUGCAAUCUGCAGAAUUGCAUUUUAAUUUCUUAUAGCUUCAUAUGUUUUCUCCAUGCAAUGAUUCUUCCUCCAGGAUGGCUGGUGAAAUUUUGUACAUGGUCCUGGAUUUUUGGUGCAUAAAUUAUCAAUUCAGUUAUUACAGGAGGACUCGUGGCUGGAUUCGUCAUUAUGAUUGACUCGAAUUGGUAACAUGAGGAUGAACAUUCCUAACUCCUUGGGAGUAUGUAGAUAAUGUGUGCUGGCAUGAAGUCAUUGUGUUUUACUUUGUUGUUGCAAGCUUUUGGGGUUGGAACUCUGUGGUGAAGAGCAACCAAAAAUUUCUUUUUCAAAUUAGGAUGAAUUGAAGGACUUUGUGUUAAAGAGGCUAUAGGCCUCAUUUUUUAUAUCUAUGGAAUGUACAGAUGGAAUACUGACUUGAAAUUUUGCCUGCAAGGUUUAGCUGUUUGUAAAUAAUUUAUUGCAGCCAGAAACUAUCAAGCCAAUUAAGAUUCCCGAAUUAUUUUGUUUUAUGUUAUGCACGUUGGUUUGCUUUUGUUCUAACCUUCUUCUGGUAACAGUUGCACAUGGCAGCAUGCAAGUUGUGCACAUGGGAAAUAUCAAGGAAUUGAGUUGUUUUGUGUAUAAAUAAUUUCUGGAUAGGUACAUAUAUGGAAGGAAGAAAUGAUGUCCGGUAUUUGCAGUGAUGACAAUUUGCCAUUGGUAUAUGUGUGUCUGUCUUCUUUUUUAUUGGUUAAAAGAGAUUGAAUAUGGUGAUUGAAAAUCAUGAAGAGAUCAGCAGUAAAGAUUUAGAUAUGACCGGCAAAGUGGAGGUAAUUAUCAUUCAAGUAAAUUCUCAUACACCUUCAUUGUAUUUUUGCUUGUUCAUGUUCACUUUUCCUCUAAUUUAAGGUUUGAUUGAUCAUACUUUUUAUCCAUUAAAUCUCUUGGAUUUAAUAAUGAGGUCUUUACUUUAAGUUAAAACUCUAUCAGGUUUAGUCAGUUCGAAGUUGUCCAGGGAUGAAUUUUAAGAGGGGCUGCAAAGGAGUUCCCCCAUCUAGGUGGUGGUGGAGUUGCUUUUCUUUGUAUCACAAGAGUUGAACAAGCUGCCCAUGGCCAAGUUUUAACUAGAAUGCUCCCAACUCAAAAGGUUUGAAUAUCCUCUCUGCGUCCCCACGUGGAAGAUGCAUCAACUUCUGAAAACCAAUGCCUGCCUGUCUGGCUUAUUGGUGGCAUGAAAUACACCGGUCCAAAUUGCCUUGAGCUAAUCUUGGGAAUCUUGGUCUAUAGUUUCUCCGCCUCUCAAAGCCUCACAAGUCAUAAGGAAAAGAAUAUCAAGGCUCUUAGAGUUUUAGUUGAUUCUAAGUCUAAUUGUUUCAAUUGCAAGGCAUCUAUGCAGUCGAAGUUAAGAUAGCACUGUAGGUACACUUGAUAAUUCAUGUAAUUGUAUUGAGUUUAUAGUGUGUCGAAAACGUUUAAAACAUGAAAAACUAAAUUAAAUUCGAGUCCACAUUCUAGAUAUUAUAAAU